AUGCAUAUAAAGAAUUACAUCAUGAAAUCAAAAUCGAAAAUAAAGAAAGGUAUUGAUUAUUAAAUGAUGUUAUUGUAUUAAUUUACAUUCAUUCAUUGUAUAUUACUAUGAGAGGUAUCAAUAUUAUUGAUAAAAAAAUAGCUAACAUUUUAUAUGUCAUACUUAAAUACAUCUCUAGAGUUAAUAUGAUUAAUCAAAUUAAGAAUUUCAAAUUAGUAAAGAUUUCAUAAAUCUGGUAGAUAUUCAUUCAUCUAUAUUCUUUGUCUAUCAAUAGAUGUCAUAAUAGAACUUCAAAAAUUUACAUUGAAAUAUUAAAUCUGCAAAUAUAUAUAUUCUUAGUUAAAAUUACAAUAUCAAACUUGGAGAUUUUGGGUGAAAAUUCCAAAUUUUGUAAAACCUAAGCUGAACAAUUUUAUUAAUUGACUCCAGAAUAAAUCAAUGAGACUCAUUUUUUUGAAAGUAUUAUUAUAUGGACAUGA